UCAGGUGAGAUGAAAAGUAGCGUCGAAUGAUUUCACUGGCGAAAAUCCUUCGACUCUUUUUUAUUGUGCUCCCUCUCGUGAGCGGAGCCCUCAGUGUCUUCGAAUCGGACGUCCGUUGGUCAUGUUCCGAAGAUGUUGUAUCAGUAUUUAUUCGAACUUCCAAGCCGUUCGAAGGUCUAGUUCAAACUAGAUCAUCCGAAUCCGAAGCCUGUCGAGUUCAAGGCUUCGGCACAAAUGUGGCAGUCCUGAAGCUCAAUUUGAAGUCUGACGAAUGUGGUAUAAAGUAUGACGUGGCAAGUAAAACUUACUCGGUGACUGUUGAUGUUCACUCCCAUCCUGUUCUAAUUGUCGAAGGUGACAAAUCGGUGAAUGUCACAUGCCGAGAAAUUGCCAAUGGGACGCAGCAUUAUGCAAGUCAAAUGACCAGUCAAUCAUCAGACUAUCAGCUUCGAGUUUUGUCAAGCAGGCUGCCAGUGGAUACUGUGAAAUACUCACAACCUUAUACUUUGCAGAUCCGUCCCUUGCCGAGCACCCAGCAAAACUCGUACAGCUUCUUCGUUGGCCAAUGCAUCGCCCAACCAGUCGGCGGAAACGUCACCGUCCAGCUCACAGACCCCGUCGGAUGUGCACUUUUCAAAUCAAUUAUGGGACACUUUGCAAGACGCGAAUCUGUAGAAGAAGCCGAGAUUCCAUCAAUGUUCCGAUUCCCGAAUGCAAAGCAGCUCAAGAUCUCAUGCAUUGUGACGGAAUGCGAUGGAAGUUGCGAGGCAAGAACUUGCGAUCAGGAUUCUUCGGCUUCAUCACUUUUAGAGAGGACCACUGCAAGUGCUGAGUCGGAAGAAUUUCAGAGAGUGUCGAUUAUAGUGAAUCUGGAAGAAGCUGAUCUUCCAGUGCUAGCUGAAGCUGUGGAUGAGCCGGUCAUGGUGCAUCAUGUAGCAAGAGAUGCUGAGACUCCACCGCCUAAUUUGAUUGUUCAAAAGUCAAGAGAUGAAAUCUAUCAAACUGAAUGUGUAUCAGUUAAUGAGUUUAAUCUGCUAUAUUAUCUCUGUAUUUUCCUAGCUGUCUGCUCUAUCGUCGGCUUUACCAUGAACAUCGUAUUAGCUCUAAUGCUGAAAAGACGAUCUGCGAAAAAAUCAAAAAGACAUUCAAUUCCCGUGGAGCAACUUCAAAUUCCAAAAUCAUCGGUUGCUCCUCCAGAUUUUUGGAUUACGGAAAAUGGAAAAGAAGAGCAAGAACCAGAACCAUCAUAUUAUGCUCCUCGACGUGAUUCCUUCUCAUCGUAUGCAUCUAAACCCAAUCGUCGAGUUAUCCCUAUUACUGUAGCAUCCGAGUACGGGGUUCCUGCAUCGAGGAACUCUGAUGCAUCAUCAGAAGGCAGAAGCAGCAACGAGAUUUAUAGACGGCCGAACCAAAUCGCUCUGACCCGCCCAGAAGCUCGUCACAGUAACUCCACGUUCAUGACCCAUUCGACGACAAUGGAGACGGAUUUGGAUAGUCAAGCAUCAAACCAGGCCACAUCCUAUCAUUGAAAUUUCUGAAAAUUGAAACAAAGUUCUUCCUUACCGGUAUUUAAUAUUUCGCAGUUCGAUCUUAUUUUCUGUAUUUUUGUGUGACUUUUUACAAUGUAAUAAACUUUUU